AUUAUGACUUCUCAAGAGAAGAUAGAAGAGCAUCCUUUUGUGGAUAUAUUUAGUGAAGAUGAAGCUGAUGAAGACUUUAUGUUGUCUAAACCUGUUUGCUUUGUUAUAUUUGGGAAACCAGGCAUUGGGAAGACAACAUUGGCCCGCCAAAUAGCACAAGAAUGGAAAUGUAUUCAUGUGGAAGCUUUAACAAUUUUGGAAGAACAGAUUGCCAGUGAAUCUGAAACAGGAGUUAUGUUGCAAACAAUGCUGGUUAGUGGUCACAGUAUUCCAGAAGAACUUGUCAUAAAGCUAAUAUUGGAGAAGCUCAAGUCCCCAGAAGUCUCUCACCUUGGUUAUAUUAUCACUGAAUUACCAACACUUUCACAGGAUGCCAUGACUACUUUGCAGCAAAUUGACUUAAUUAGAAAUUUAGAUUUGAAACCUGAUAUUAUAAUCAAUAUUAAGUGCCCUGACUACGACUUAUGCCGAAGAGUUUCUGGGCAAAGGCAGCACAGUAGCACAGGGUUCAUAUACACACGAGAUCAGUGGGAUCUAGAAUUCAUUGAGAAUCAAAGGAAAAAAAAGAAAGAAGCCCAAAAAGAAGGAAAAAGCGAAGAGGAAGGGGAAGAGGAAGAAGAGCAAGAAGAAGAAGAGACAUUUAUUGCCGAAAUGCAGAUGGUAGCUGAAAUUCUUCAACAUUUAGUUCAGAGGCCUGAAGAUUAUUCGGAAAAUAUUGAGAGCCUCGUUAAACUUUAUAAGGAGGCAGUUCUUCAUGCUUUAGAAGAAGUAAUGGCUGAACACAAUUCCCUGCAUUUCAUUGAGCUAGAUGGAAACAGGCCCCCAGAGGAGCUCUUCACGACGGUUAUGAGUCGACUUAAGUUUCUGAACCUACGAAGAGCAGCUAUUUUGACUAAACUUCAGAGUGCAGAGGAAGAAAUGAACGAUGCAAUGGACAAUGAUGAACUAUUUCGUACUCUUGCAUCUUACAAAGUUAUUGCACCACGAUAUAGAUGGAAGAGAAGCAGGUGGGGACGAACAUGUCCUGUGGUUUUAAAAGAAGGUCACAUUAUUCCAGGAUUGCCAGACCUUUCUGUGAGUUUUCUAGGUAAAAUGUACUGUCUGUCAUCAGAAGGAACAUUAAAAACAUUUUUGUCGAACCCACGCCCCUAUCUUCUUCCACCUAUGCCAGCACCACCGUUUAAAGUUUUCAUAUUUGGACCUCAGUCUUCAGGGAAAACAACACUUAGCAAUUUGCUUGCAGAACAUUACAAAGGAAAGGUAGUUGACUACGUCAAACAUAUUCAACCACGUUUUGAUAAAAGCCUUGAAACAUUAAAAAAAAAUACUAUAGCUGAGGCCACUGAAGCAGCUAUUAAGACUGUGAAAGAACGACUUCACACAGAAUUAGAAGCUAAAAGAAAAGCUUUAAGAGAACUUGAAAGUGAAUUAAAAGCGAAGGAAUACAAGAAGUUCUCUUCUGAUAAAAGCUUAGAAGGGGAGCUCUCUUUACUUGAUGACGAUGGGUCUGCUCAUGAAUCCCAAAGAGAAAGCUCAUUAGAAGACAAUCAAGAAGCCAAAAUGAAAUCAGAUAGUGAUAACGCUGCUAAAACUGUCAGUUGGGAAAAAAGUUCUCAAAGCAGUCAAGAUCUAAAGUUGGAUUCAAAAAAGGUAAAUUAAUAUUUGGAAGACUUGAUAAAUGAGGUCACUGCAGAUCAUCCAGAAGUUGUUUCUAUGGUAAAGGAGACUAUGAAAAUGACAGACAGUAUGAACUUUGAACACCCAUAUGAAAAAUAUGCUGAAAUCUUAGAGGAAGUCCUGGAAGAGAUAGCCAAAGAAAACAAGAAGAGGUUUUCUGGUGUCCCAAAAUAUGGAGGAUGGGUAUUGGACAACUGCCCUGUUAUAAAAGAACUGUGGAUAGCCUUAAUCGAGAAAGGAAUUACACCAGAUUUAGUAAUCUGUUUGUCAGAUACAGAAAACGAUGGAAAAUGUUUACUUAAUAGACUGUACUUAGAGAAUAAGCCUGAAAUUGACUCUAAAAUAUUAGAAAGAUUAUUAGAUGAACUACAAAAGAAAAAAAUAGAGGAAGAAGCAGCAAGAAAAACCAAAGAGGAGGCAUUGAGACUAGAAAAAGAAAAUGGCAGGCUAUUGGAAGCUCUGGAUAUGAAAAGAAAAGAAGAGGAAGAGGCUGACGCUGAUGCUGACGCUGAUGAGGAGAUUGAAGGUGAGGAGCCUGAUGCUCCUGAAGAGCCCGAAGCCCUUGAGGUGGCCGAGGAGACUGAGGGCUUCUUACCUGAGGAGUCUGAAGUGUCUGAGAUUCCCAAAACAGAAUCUGAAUCAGUGUCUGAGCCUAUUGAGGAAACUACAGUUGGAACAGAAAUUGCAAAAGAACCCAAAGAGGGCCUGGAAACUAAAUUACCGGAAACAGUUGAACUACCUAAGUUUCCUGAAGACGCUUAUCCUGAUGUUCCUGAAAUGGAACCGGUGAAAGAGAAGAUCAAAUCUUUCACCACCAAGUGGAAAUCUCUAGAAAGAACAUUCACUGACUCUGCCAUUCAAAUCUUCCACUUGGGGAUUGCUGGCAAAACUCCAGAGGAACUACUUCAAAAAGCAGUAGAGACGAUGGAAAGACCUUUCCAGUAUGCUGGAUGGGAAUUAACUUUAGAAGAUUAUGAGGAAGAAACAGAGGACUUUCAUGCUGAAGCAGAGGUUGAGGAGGAGCUGGAAGAUGAGGAAGAGGAAGAGGAAGAGAAUGAAGAUAAAAUGAAAGAGAAAAAAAGGCAUUUGGGAGACACAAAGCACUUUUGUCCAGUGGUUCUCAAAGAAAAAUUCGUCCUCCAACCAGGCAACACAGAAGAGGCAGCUAAAUAUCAAGAAAAGAUCUACUACUUUUCAACUCCUGAGGCUAAAGAAAAAUUCUUGGCGUAUCCUCAGGAGUAUGUAGCUCAUAAAGAACCAUUAAAGGCUCCUCCAUUAAGAAUAUGCCUUCUGGGCCCCCGUGGCUCUGGCAAAACUGUCUGUGGGAGACAGUUAGCAGAAAACUUGGGCAUCUUUCACAUUCAGUUUGAAGAAUUUCUACAAGAAAAACUAAUGCUCAAAACUGAAAAGAAAAUUGGACCUGAUUUUGAAGAAGAUGCUGAGGAAGAACAGCUUGCAAAACAAGAACUUGAAGAGCUUGCAGUUCGGGCCAAUGUCAAAAUUGAGGAAGAAAAUACAAAGAAGCCGAUUUCAGAAAUACAAUUUACAGAAGAAGAAGAAGCAAUCAGACUAAAUAUAAUGGAAAAUGAACAAUUGCCUCCUGAAAUUCUUGAUGCAAUUCUUUCUGAGUGGUGGUUUAAGGAACCAAUACGUUCCACAGGUUUCAUAUUGGAUGGUUUCCCACGAUAUCCCGAAGAGGCCCAGUUACUGGCGGAACAUGGGUUUUUCCCAGAUGCUGCUGUUUUACUGCAAGUGGAUGAUCAAGAUGUUUCUGAUCGCCUCCUGCCUCCUCAAAUUGAAAAGUGGAGACUGAAACAAAAGGCAAAAUUAGAAAGGAAAAAACUCAUUAAAGAAAUGAAGGCAAAAAUCAAGGAUGAUAUGAUUACUAAAAGAAGAGCUGAACUUCUAGCAGAGAGAGAGAGAAAAAAGAAAGAGAUUGUUAGAGAAGAUGAAGAUAUUAGUGACGAAGACCCUGAAGAAGAUGAUGAUGAUAUUGACAAUAUUCUUGAAGAUGAAUUUCCAAAAGAUGAGGAUCUAAUGAGUGAGGAAGACGAAGAACAAGAAAGUGACGCACUUGAACGACUGAAAGGUGAACUGGGAGAAAAAUUUGAAGCAGAUAUGCGUAAUUUACAAGCAAUACAGAAUGAAUUUGACAGGUUUUUGAUACCAGUAAUUCUCAUUAAUGGAAGUCGGAAAAUCCACAUUGUACAAUACAUGUUGAAUACAAAACUGAAACCACUGGUAGAGAAUCGUGCAAGCAUUUUUGAGAAGUGUUAUCCAAUAUCAUCACGCCUUGCCCAGAAAAUGCUCAGCUUUACCUAUAAAUAUAUAAGCACAUUCGGCUACUGGGAUCCUGUAAAGCUAAGUGAAGGAGAGACAAUCAAGCCAGUUGAAAGUUCAGAGAAUCCAGUUUAUCCUGUAAUCCAUCGUCAGUAUAUUUAUUUUUUAUCUAGUAAGGAAACUAAAGAAAAAUUUAUGAAGAACCCAAUCAAAUACAUUCGCCAACCCAAACCAAAGCCUAAUAUGCCCAUUAAGAUUGCAAUUGUGGGGCCUCCAAAAUCUGGGAAAACGACAGUUGCCAAAACCAUUUCAAAUGAAUAUGGCUUAAAGCGUUUGUCAGUAGGAGAAGCUCUGCGUUACGUGUUAAACCACCAGGCAGACACAGAGCUGGCGCUCAUGUUAAACUGGCAUCUUCAUAAAGGAAUGACAGUGCCUGACCAACUGGCAACUCAAGCCUUAGAAGUGUCUCUGAUGGGAAAUGCGUGUAAUACUGCAGGUGUUAUCAUCGACGGGUACCCUGUAACUGAGCAUCAAGUGAGCCUCUUGGAAGACAGGUCAGUCACCCCCCUGGUCAUCUUGGAGCUGGAUGUGCCUUCUAAGGAGAUUUUCAAAAGAUUGCUCUUGGAAAAAAAAAAUAAACCAAGUUUGCCUUACCCACUGCACAACAGCACAAAGAUUAUAGCUGUCAGGUACUCAAAGUACCACAAAAACAUUGUUGCGAUUAGGCAAUAUUAUCAAGAACAGCACCAGAACUGGUAUGUGAUUGAUGGAUUUCACAGCAAAUGGUGGGUGUGGAAUGAAGCCAUUAAAAACGUUAAAACAGUGAAUAGAUACAUGCAGAUAUACCUGGAAAGAAUAAAAGCAGGGAAAGCUGCCUGCAUUGACAAGCUGUGCAUCACCUCUCAAGAACUGAUUUCCCGCCUGGGCGAAUUCGGACAGUUCUGCCCUGUCAGCCUGGCAGAAUCACACGAAUUAGUCGAUUGCUCUGUAACUGACUCUUUGGAAUUUGCGGCAGAGUUCAGAGGGCAUUAUUAUAAAAUGGAUUCUCGGAAAAAACUGAAUAAAUUUUUGGAGAACCCAGAAUUAUAUGUGCCUCCAUUAGCACCUCAUCCACUCCCACCUGCUGACAUGAUCCCCAAAAGGCUGACGCUGUCAGAGCUGAAGAAACGAUUCCCUAAGUGUGCUGAGCUCCAGGGCUACUGUCCAGUGACCUAUCAGGAUGGAAAUCAAAGAUAUGAAGCCCUAGUACCUGGUAACAUUAAGUAUGCCAUAGAAUAUCGUGAUCGUAUAUAUAUUUGUGAGAGUAAUGAAAAACUUCAGAAAUUUUUGAGGUUGCCAGGGAAAUACUGGGAUCAGAAGCUUCCAUACAAACUUCCCCCGUUGAAGGAACCGAUAAAUCUCACUAGUCUUCCUUUGCCUGGAUAUCUGGAACAGGGUAUUGCAACUUCUCUGAUUAAAGCAAUGAAUGCAGUAGGAUGCUUAAAGCCCAAAUUUCCCUUCUUAAGUAUAGAGAAAUCUGCACUGCUCUAUAUAGCGUUUCAUCUAAAAGCCUUUAAUCCCAAAGGUUCUGAAUAUACAAGAAAAAAGUAUAAGAAGAAGAUGGAGCAGUUUACAGAGAGAUGUGAACUCAUUACAUACCUGGGUGCCAAGAUGACCAGAAAAUACAAGGAACCUCAGUUUAGACCAAUUGACUUUGAUCAUAAAUUACAGACCUUUAUCUCUCUUAAAAAUAUAGACCCAAUUAAUGAAUAG